AUGGAGAGAGAUGACAAAACUCCACAAGAGCCAGUCUCCUACCACUCCUCUCUCCGUUCAGGUGCCACUUUGCUCUCACGCCGAAUGUUCCGUACUUGCCGCAACUUCAUCCAACGCCAACCAAGAUCUGACCCAGAAAUUGCUACUCAACUCGACCGCAUGCUCGCAAUAAUCGAUGUCUUGGAGGCCGCGUCACUCCGAGUGGGUCUCGGCAACAAUCUUCCUGAUCACUAUGCCAUACUCCAACUCAAACCCUCCGACGACACCACAAACCGCGAUUUAGUGCGGCAGCGUUACAAGACUCUUGUUCGCAAGCUUGACCCAAACAAGAACAUGUUUCCUUUAGCCGAAGAAGCCCUCAUGAAAGUCCGUGAAUCCUGGCAAGUUCUCUCUGACCCGGUUCAGUUAGACCGGUUUGAAAAGGAGCUUAAGGGAGAGGCUGAGGUUGUUUCACCGGCUUCGUUUUGGACUAUGUGUCCUUAUUGCUGGUAUUUGCAUGAGUAUGAGAAGAAAUACGAAGAUUUUACUCUUCGAUGUGGGAACUGUCAGAGAACCUUUCACGGAUCUCCGGUGAAGCCGCCGGAACCGGAGUCGAUGGUGGAGGGAAAAGAACAGUACUAUUGCUAUCACAUGAGUUUGCCCUUGAGGUAUCCCGUGGAUGAAAAUUGUAGCUUUGAAAUUGGGGGUAAUGGGGGUAGGAAGAUGAGGAUAAAGACUGUGGCUAAUAGGUCUAAAGUGAAAGGGUUUGUUGUUCCGGAUAGUGAAUCUGAAUCGGAUCCUGAAAUGGAAGUGGAGCUGUGA